AUGAUGGAAAUGUUUGAAAUGUCUGAUUUAGGCAGAAUGAACUACUUCCUUGGAAUGGAAGUGAAGCAAACAGAAAAGGGAAUCUUUCUUAGUCAGAGUUCUUUUACUAUGAAGAUCCUGGAUAAGUUCUCUAUGAAGAACUGCAAGCCAACAAGCACACCAAUGGCUGUUGGAGUGAAGCUUUCGAGGCAAGGGAGUGGUGAACCAAUUUGUGAGACUAUGUACAAGAGUCUCAUUGACUUUCAAGCGCCUAAAAGAGUGCUAAGAUACAUCAAAGGCACCAUUGAUCAUGGUGUAUUGUUCAAAAGGGCUGAAAACAUGAAGCUGAUAGGCUAUGUUGAUAGUGACUGGGCUGGAUCGAGUGAUGACAUGAGGAGCACAUCCGGAUAUGCAUUUAGUCUUGGCUCAAGCAUGUUUUGCUGGAGUUCUAAGAAACAAAGUCGUGGCACAAUCAACAAAGCAGGUUUAAUAUGUUGUCAGCAUCUGCUGUGA